AACUAAAAACAAAUAAAUAUCCAAAUUUCUAUAGUACAUUUAUUUAUUUAUAAAUAUUGAUUAUAUUUAGUUUAAAAUAACUAAAAAAUAAUAUUUAUAAACUGAAAUAACCAGAAAACCCGAUUUAUCAUAAUAAUUUUAUCUAAAAUAUUUAAAAUUAUCCGAAUUAUCUAUUUUUUGAAAACUUAAAAAUUCUGAUAUUUAAUAAAAAUCUGAAUUUUUUAAUUUUUUUUUAACUCGAAUUAAUCUAAAAAUAAAAAAAAUCAUCUCAGAUAUUAGUUGGUUCCUCACUUUGUUACCUGAACCACUGGAAGCGAACCGAAUUUUGUAAAUACUGAAAUGGAUUCUAUACCUAUAUAACCAAAUAAUCAAAUCGGAAUUGAGAACGGAAUGCCCAUAGCUAAUGGGGCGUUUAUCCAUUGACUUGCCUUUUCUUUCUACAAAGUAAACAAGAAACUUUUAAUGGUUUCGUGGUUCGUUCAUGCUGGAUUUUAAACUAUUAACCUAAGGGGCGGCGGUUCGAAACUUGUGAAUUUAGGGUUCUUUUAAAAUUCCCUCUUUAAACAAUUGCAAUUCGCCUCCUUCUCUCUCUCUCUCUCGAGUCUCGAUCCUCUAAAAGAUCUCGACCUCCAAUGAAGAGACGGCGUAAAGCCAGAGUAAACUCUGAAGCACCCGACGACCAAUCAGCGGCGGAGUUCUCCUUCUCUCUCACCAGAGUCGCCGUCAGCCAAAUCUGCCUCUCCGUUGGAUACACAUCAACCGAUACCUCCUCCACCCUCAACACUCUGACCCUAAUCACCACCAAGUUCUUGCAAUCCAUCGCCGAACUCGCCGCGUCGUUCUCAAACUCAGCUAAUCGCACGGAGGCUAACCUCUUCGACAUCGUCAAUGGUCUCCACGAUACCGCUCUAUCUACUUCCGAUUGUUUUCCCGGCGGAUCCACGUUGCACAACACCGAAUCGCUCUGCCUGAUCAAAUCAGCUGUUCUCCGUAACCUCUCCGAUUUCGUCGCAUCCGCCUUUGAGAUCCCUUUCGCAAAGCCGUUACCCAGGCUAGAAAUCAGCGGAUCAUACGGAGGAGAUUCGACACGUACGGCUCCAUCACCGGAGAUGAGAUCAAUUCCAGCUUGGCUUCCGCCUUUCCCGGACUCUAGCCUUUACCGCGAACGAUACGCGAAGGAGAGAUCCGAUCGUUUACCGGAUUCUGUUAUUGGACGUGAAACUUUUGCGGAGGCUUCCGGAGUUGAGAGUUGUAGAGGUAGAAGCGGCGGUCGUUUACCGCUGAGGAGAGCGAGUGUGAGAUUUAAGGUGGAACGAGAUUGGAGCAAUGGCGGAGGCUCUUGUAAAAGUAAUACCAGAUUGGAACGGUGGCGGGAUAAUAAAGAAGGUGAAUUUGAGGUUAAGAAGAAAAUUGGAGAAGAAUACAUCUACUGUGCCGAUAUUGAUGCCGGCCAGUGGGAUAUGUAGCACAUCAUCUACCCGGUGAGGGAAAAAAAUUUCAAAACAAGGUCGCUUAAGGUUGGAUUCGAACCCGUGUCCUAUUGAGGAUUGGUGCAAAAUAUAAUGGGUUUAUACCACACGAGCUGCGCCUAUAGUUGUCUCGGUUCUCCUUUAUCUGAGUUUAUAAACGAUUAAUAUGAAAUUAUUUGAUUCCCUCUGUGAGCUUAUUUUAUAUAAAGUUUCAAAUCUAUAAAUGAUAGAAUUGUGUUUUUAUAUUU